AUGGACUUGAACUUGAACGAAGCUCUAAACAUUCAUUCAAAUAUCCCUACUUCAGCUCGAUGUGUCAUACGGGCUCCUGCACUAGACCUGAUUUUCCUGCUGGACAGUUCGGGAUCGUUGAGGGAUAAGUUCCAGGACGAGAUCGAUGUGAUUCGUCGCAUCAUCAAACAUGUAACCAUCGGCGACACUGCCACCCGUGUGAUGCUCAUCCAGUUCAGUGGAACUCAACAUUUGGAAUUCAAUUUCAACAAAUUUACAUCUCGAGAAGAUCUGCUGGCAGCUCUCGAUGUGCUGCGACAUGUGUCCGGAAUUACCCGGAUAGGUGGAGCUUUUGAGUUUGCUCUGGAAACUUUGCGAGAUCCUAUUAAUGUAAGUAAGCUGACCUAACU